UUCAGUUGUUUGUGCGACGGGUUCAGGUUCAGGUGCGGUGGCGGCACUAGUGGCACUCCGCUGUCCGAUUAUCGGUCAAACCCAUUAUAAAACAAUAAAUAUCCAGACCUCCAGACCGCUUCUGCUCCCAGUAUUUGUGCAGCCCAUUUGGUUAUGUUGAUUCCGAUGAUUCAGCGAACAAUUACUCAUAAAAGCUAGUCCAUAAUAAUGCCCUGUGUUACGAGUAUCAAAAAGUUGUGAUAACCGAGUGUCCGCCACCGUGGAACAAAGUGCCAUGAAACUGCUGCUAAAAGUUCACUCGGAACGCACGGCGCGCAGGCGACGCACACCGGAGCCCAGUUUAACCCCCUCCCGGGACUCGUCAAGAAUCAAUAGCCACAAUGCCAAUAGCAACGGAAACGCAAAUCGCGGGCAUGAUAGAUCUCCAUCAAAGCGACUCACACGGAACACCAUCCUGCUGAUCACGCUGAUCCUGCUGGUCCUGGCCACCGGAUUGGUGGUGCUCUUCGUGGAGCUCAAUCGAUCCCGGCCCGUGUUGCCCAGUAACAAGGCCAUCUACUUCGGCAACAACUACGACCACGACACGUUUCCGAAUCUAGGAAACGGCCACCUGGUCAUCGACAGGGAGCAGUGGGGAGCCGCCAAGACCACGCCCGCCCUGACCAUUCCCCUAAAGCGGCCCAUUCCCUAUGUCCUGAUCACCCACAUCGGAGUCCAAUCGCUGCCCUGCGAGAACAUCUACAAGUGCUCCAUCAAGAUGCGCACCAUCCAGGAUUCCGCCGUUGCAGAGAAGCAUUUGCCGGACAUCCAGUCCAAUUUUUACGUUUCGGAUGAGGGCAAUAUCUACGUAGGCCGCGGCUGGGACUGGGCCAACACGUAUGCGAACCAGACGUUGGCCGUUACCUUUAUGGGCGACUACGGCCGGUUUAGGCCCUCUGCCAAACAAAUAGAAGGUGUCCAGUUUCUGCUGGCCCAUGCGGUGGCCAACAGAAAUCUGGAGGUUGACUACAAGCUAGUGGCCCAAAAUCAAACUAAGUCGAGCAAAAGUCCGGGCGCCUAUGUCUUUCGAGAAAUCCGGAGCUGGCCGCACUUUUACGGCUGCAAUAUGGACGGGGCACCGGCCUGCGGCAUCGAACUGGGAAUGAAACCAGAAUCGUGGAAUGGCAAUCAAUAGCUACAGACUUCUUACCACCUAAGUGAAUCCAAGCACAAAAUAUAGUUAAUACGAAUACUAA